GUAAUAAACAAGGUAAUAAGCAGAGAGGUUUAUGGAGAUCCUAAAUGUUUGAAAGAUAAUGAUGAUCCUAAAUUUUUUCAAGAAAGAGCAAUCUUAUGUCCGACCAAUGAGAAUGUUGGGAUAAUCAAUGAGUAUAUGCUUGAUCUGCUUGAAGGUUAGUAAUAUUUGUAUUUUAAUAUUCAUAUUUCAAAAACAUGUUACGUUUUAUCAAAGAUCUAAUAUAUAUACAAACACUUUAUUAUCUUUCAAUUUACUUUGUAGGUAAGGAAAGAACAUACCUAAGUUUUGAUUCUAUUGAUCCAGCUGAUAAACAUUUUGAAAAUAAUCCAAUGCUUACACCCGAUUUCUUAAAUAGCCUAAAGGUAUCUGGAGUUCCAAAUCAUAAAAUUAGAUUGAAGGUGGGUUGUCCAGUAAUGUUGUUGAGGAAUAUAGAUCCAAGAGGAGGGCUAAUGAAUGGAACAAGGUUACAGAUCACACAAUUGGCUGAGUUUGUUUUGGAAGCUAUUGUGAUUACAGGAGACAGAGUGGACGACAAAGUACUCAUUCCAAGGAUAUUGCUCACUCCUUCAGAUACUAAACUACCAUUCAAAAUGUGGCGAAGACAGUUACCGUUAGUUAUUACUUUUGCAAUGACUAUUAACAAAAGUCAGGGACAGUCUUUGGAUUAUGUUGGGUUGUAUCUGCCAAGGCCAUGUUUUUCACAUGGUCAGCUUUAUGUGGUAGUUUCAAGAGUUACUAAUAAAAAAGGAUUGAAGGUUUUGAUUGUAGAUAAAGAAGGAAAGCCACAGAAGGAAACAAUGAACGUCGUAUUCAAGGAAGUUUUUCAAAAUUUGAAAUGAGGCGUUUCAUGUAGGACACAUUUUUGAAGGUACCUAUUACUGAUAAACUCUUUUGUGUAUUUUUAAACUGUAUACUAUUUUGUAAGCUCUGUUUCUGAAAUUAUAUUUUGAUUUGUGUUAUAAACACAAGAUGUUUUCAAAUGAUGUGAAGACCGUCGAGGAUGGUGAAGUGGUGGAACGAAAUGAGUGAAAGAGUUUCAUGUGGCAAGUAUGGUUCUAAGCAAACAUUUUUUUUUUUAAACUUAGGAUGUUCUUGAAAUAAUUUAGUAUGGUUUUUUUAUGUUUGUGCUAAACCUACUGUCUCAUCAGUAGGUUUAUUA